GGUAAGAUAAGACCUCGACCAAGCCAACAAGCUUCCAAUAGCUUCUUUUCUUUGACCUCCGAAUCACUUGACCCGGGAGAACUCUUUCAUUGACGUUGCAGGUUGGAAGCUCGUCGCGAGCAAACAAAGCCCGAGCAAACAGGCCAAACCCGCCGCCCGUGCGAUCUCCGCAGGAUCGCCGUAAACAGGAUCGCAUUUCCGCUACGCCUCAUUACAUCCGUUCACUCCAUACUCCCUGCAGCUCUUCAAGAUGAUGGACGACGAAGACGACGACUUCUACGAUCCCGCCGAUACCGUGCCGGCUCCUCAACACCAAAAUGGUGCCCAGAAUCCUCCUGCGGAUAACUAUGGCGAGGAAUAUGAGGAAGAAGAGAUAGAAGUGGAUGAAGAUGAUGAUGACUUCAACAUCAUUACUGAAGCGCCCGCCGAUGCGCCACCUCCAGAAGCCCCACAUCCUCGCCAUGCCAAUCUACGCGCAGAAUCACAACGCCCCUCGUCCGCAGAGUCUCCUCCUGCUCCGAAACCCUCCACACCCAUCCUCACUACUCCCAAAGCUGAAUCCGCUACGCCCGUACCAGUCAGCGCAAGACCCGCUGUACCCGCUGCACCGCAAAGGCCAGGCUCAUCAUAUCCUCCAGUCCAAGUGUCCACGAUCGACGUUCAUGCCAACCCCGUCCACCCGACGACGGGCAAACCCAUUCUACUGACCGACAUGGACGCGGACUUUCCGGAAGACGACAAGCCAUGGCGGCGACCGGGGUCCGAUAUCACGGACUACUUCAACUACGGGUUUGAUGAGUUCACGUGGGCCAGUUACGUGUUGAAACAGCAGGAGCUGCGCAAGGAUAUCGGGGACCAGAAGAGACAAUUGGACGAUAUGCAGGCUUUCCUGGGGAUGGGUAUGCCGCCGAUGGCCGGUGGCCCACCCGGGCCAGGCGUUCCUCCAAGCAGCGCGGCCCCUCCGAUGCCCGGUAUGCCCGGUAUGCCGGACAUGUCGCCGGAGAUGAUGCAGGGAAUCCUCACGAGCAUGAUGGCGCAAGGCCUGGAUCCCACCUCGAUGGACCCCAUGACGUUCAUGCAACACGCCCAGGCGCUCAUGGGCGGGCAAUCCGGCCCAGGCGGCGGACAGCAGGGUCAACCUGGAUUUGGGGGGCAAGGUGGUGGCCAACAGCAGAUGGGUUACGGAGGAGGUUUCGGAGGAGGGGUGGCAUUUUGGAUGUCUUUCCUCCGCAACGUCAAGAACCUUGCCCCUCUCCUGGACCGCGUCCUGGUCCAGCGUGUCAAGCCCGAGGCUAAGACCGCCUCCGGUAUCUUCCUCCCCGAGAGCAGCGUCAAGGAGCAGAACGAGGCCAAGGUCCUCGCCGUUGGCCCCGGUGCCGUCGACCGCAACGGCCAGCGCAUCCCCAUGGGCGUCGCUGUCGGCGACCGUGUCCUCAUCCCCCAGUUCGGUGGUAGCCCCAUCAAGGUUGGAGAGGAGGAGUACACCCUCUACCGCGACUCCGAGAUCCUCGCCAAGAUCAACGAGUAAAUUGAACUAGCCAAAUAAUGUUCAACGUCUUGCUGUCUUCUGUUUUUCCGGAUGUUCGAAGCCGCCUAUAACGUGUAUUAUACCUCCCUUUUUCCGCAAAAUCAUGAGCCUCGGCCAUUCAGAGCUCUCUUCCUAAACUCCCACCAUUAAAAAAGGCCCCAUACGAGCUGUGGAGAGGGGACUUUGGUUCCUCUCUUCAUCGUUAGUGUUGUGGUCCUAUCAACUGUUCUGCUGCGCAUUUAUUGCCGAAAGCGUGAAAUGACUGUUUUUUGCAUACCACACGAUGUACUUUUGUCGCUUGUCAACUACUUCACUCUCGUCGUGUCUGGGGCUGUUUGCCGCGGUGAGAGUAUGUAAUACGAUAUGAUAAUCUCCU